AUGGUGGCUUCAAGGUAUAACUCUUCCCACCCUCUGUUCUUCAUCUUGCUUGGAAUCCCAGGGCUGGAGAAUUAUCAAUUUUGGAUUGCCUUUCCAUUCUGUGUCAUGUAUAUUGUGGCAGUGACUUCCUACUGUGAGCACAUGGCUGUGCUCAAGUUGGUGUGUGCUGAUACCAAAAUCAAUCGUGGAUAUGGGCUCUUUGUGGCUUUCUCUGUGGUUGGCUUUGAUAUAAUUGUCAUCGGUGUAUCUUAUGUGAUGAUUCUGAGAGCUGUGCUGAGGUUGCCCUCAGGUGAAGCCCGCCUCAAAGCUUUUGGUACAUGUGCUUCCCAUGUCUGUGUUAUCUUGGCUUUCUAUAUCCCAGCCCUUUUCACCUUCCUCACUCACCGCUUUGGCCACCAUGUGCCCCGUGUUGUGCACAUCAUGUUUGCUAAUGUCUACCUGCUGGUUCCUCCCAUGCUCAAUCCCAUCAUCUAUGGAGUCAGAACCAAACAGAUCAGGGACAGGGUUACCCAAGGAGUCUGUAGAAAAGACCCAUGA